UUCUGGCCUCGGCUUGGGCCCCGGCGGUGUCCGCCGCGCGCAGGCUUCCCGGCCCCAGCGCGCCCGCGCUCGGACAGGCUCUCCGCGCGUCGCCCGGUCGCCUGCUCGCUCCAGUUCCCAGAGCGGGGAUGCAGAUGCUGCCACUGGUCUGGGUGGGCGCCGCCGCUGCCUUUGCUGGCUUUUCUCAGACUGCUUGUUGCCUCCGCUCAGGCAUCUGCUGCUGCUGCUGCCGCUGCCGCUGCCGCCACCGCCGCCAGUGACUCGCCCCCUCCUCUUUCUUUCUUCUCUUUUUGCCUUCGUCCUCUUCCUCCGAGUGUGCGCGCGCGCGGCUUGCACGGUUUGCUUUGGCAGGAGCUCGCUCGUGUGUGUGCGCGCGCGCGUGUGUGCGUGUCUGAGAGCGCCAGAGCCUCUCUCGCUCUCGGGGAGUCGAAGAAGAGACCGAAGCGAAGAGGCGGCGGCGCGGAGCCCGGGCCCGCGCAAUGAAGCUCCCACAUGCCCGCCGCUGCCUGGCCCGGCCGGCGAGCUAAUCAGCUACCCCCCGGGCUCGGGGCUCCGCGGCCCCGGGGACGCAGCCUUCGGUGGCCCGGCACUCGCCCUGCCCGCGCGUCCCCGCUGUGCACCGGCGAAGGAGUUUGCGUGGCCUUCGCUCCGGCUCCUGGCGCAGGUUGCGGGCGCCAGAGGAGACCCUCGGCGAGAAAAGCACCCCAACAGCUGGAGGAGGAGAAGGAGAAAGCUUUGAAAGAGCUGCAGCCACCCCUGGCGCUUACGGCUGUUCUUACCUCCACGGUCGCUCCCGCUCCUAGGCAGAAGGAGGAGGACGAGGAGGAAGAAAAAGAAAGAGAAGGGGGUGGGGUGGGACAACUGGAUAUAAAGAUCUACUGGGGUAGGGGGGAUGGUGGAGGAUUUUUGGUCUCUUCGGCAGCGUCUUUUCUUAAGCGGCGGCAGCAGCAGAAACAGCCCCAGCUGUAACUGCCGCAUGUUAAUAGCUCCCGCUUGGGUUCCUUGUCGGCUGUUGGAGACCAAGGCUGACUCCGAAGUUGUGCAACUGUGGACUGGGAGAGGCAUUUGAACCUGUCUUCCUCGGUUCUUCCUUUUCACCCCCUUGGUUUGUGUGUAACGUGGAAACGUAAAAGAAGACAAGCAUUUGGUUCUUCUCUCCACCCCCAUCCCCCCCUUCCCUUUCUCUAUGGCUGUGUAGCAGAAGAAACGGGGGAAGGAGAGACUUUUUGUUGUUGGUUCCUUGGCUGGGGUAUCCACCUUCCUGCUGCCUUCGUUGCGCUUUGGCUUUCAUUCCCAGUUGCGUGUGGUGGCGGUGUCAUCGCUGGGGCCAGUCUCUCUGUUCCCUGGACUCCAUGGCUGGAUUGUAGAAACUGCUCCCUGCUGCAGGUUGUUGAACAGCUGAUGGGACGAUCUCAGGGACCCGCGGUUACGAAAGAAAUGUUUAAAUGCUCUGUAAAUUGGAAGAAAAAAGCAUGGAUUUUUAGAAACUGAAGAACAAAAAGGGUUCAGAUUUGGAAUAUUGGUGUUUUCUGUUGUUAAGGAUUUUUUUUUAAAUCUUUUUGAAAAAUAUUUUUAAUUCAUCAAUUGUGAAGUAAAGAAGAGAACUGAAAAGGCACUUGGUUUCUUGCUUGGAACACUCACCUUUUAGGCUUUCUUAUGCCUGAGUACACAAUCAUGUGGCCAUCACAGCUACUAGUCUUCAUGAUAUUCUUAGCAACAAUCGUUCAUGGUGGCAAGCACAAUGAACGACAUCCAGCCCUCUCUGCUACACUGCGACAUGCUGAGCGCAGCCCAGGAGGCCCUCUACCACCCAGACAUCUCCUUCAGCAGCCAACUGCAGAACGUGCCACUGCUCAUCGUGGUCAAGUGCCUCGUGGAGCCACCAGAGGAGGUCGUGGACCUGGUGCCCAAGGAUCACAGAUUGCAGCACAAGCUUUCAGCCGUGCCCCAAUUCCAAUGGCCGUGGUCCGCAGAGAGCUCUCCUGUGAGAGUUACCCCAUAGAGCUCCGUUGUCCAGGUACAGAUGUCAUCAUGAUUGAAAGUGCCAACUAUGGGAGAACUGAUGACAAAAUUUGUGACUCUGACCCUGCUCAGAUGGAGAAUAUACGAUGCUAUCUGCCAGAUGCCUAUAAAAUUAUGUCUCAAAGGUGCAAUAACAGAACUCAGUGUGCAGUGGUGGCAGGUCCAGAUGUUUUUCCAGACCCGUGUCCAGGGACCUAUAAGUACCUUGAAGUACAAUAUGAAUGCGUCCCUUACAUUUUUCUUUGUCCUGGACUACUGAAAGGCGUAUACCAGAGUGAACAUUUGUUUGAGUCUGACCACCAAUCUGGGGCAUGGUGCAAAGACCCGCUACAAGCUUCUGACAAGAUAUAUUAUAUGCCUUGGACCCCUUACAGAACUGAUACCCUGACUGAAUACUCAUCCAAGGAUGACUUUAUAGCUGGAAGGCCAACUACAACUUACAAGCUCCCUCACAGGGUGGAUGGCACAGGAUUUGUGGUGUAUGAUGGAGCUUUGUUCUUCAAUAAAGAACGCACCAGGAACAUCGUAAAGUUUGAUUUGCGGACUAGGAUAAAGAGUGGAGAGGCUAUCAUAGCAAAUGCCAAUUACCACGACACCUCUCCUUACCGAUGGGGAGGCAAAUCUGACAUAGAUCUGGCAGUGGAUGAAAAUGGGUUAUGGGUGAUCUAUGCAACGGAACAAAACAAUGGUAAAAUUGUCAUUAGUCAAUUGAACCCUUAUACCUUGCGGAUUGAAGGAACAUGGGAUACUGCAUAUGAUAAAAGGUCAGCUUCCAAUGCAUUUAUGAUUUGUGGGAUUCUGUAUGUGGUCAAAUCUGUGUAUGAGGACGAUGACAAUGAGGCCACAGGGAAUAAGAUUGACUACAUUUACAACACUGAUCAAAGUAAAGAUAGUUUGGUGGAUGUGCCCUUUCCUAAUUCAUACCAGUACAUAGCAGCGGUGGAUUACAACCCCAGAGACAACCUUCUUUAUGUAUGGAAUAACUACCAUGUCGUGAAAUAUUCUUUGGAUUUUGGACCUCUGGAUAGUAGAGCAGGGCAGGCACACCAUGGACAGGUGUCAUACAUCUCUCCACCAAUUCACCUUGACUCUGAGCUAGAAAGACCUCCUGCUAGAGAAAUCUCUACCACAGGACCUCUUGGCAUGGGAAGCACCACUACCAGUACCACCCUUCGGACCACAACAUGGAGCCCAGGCAGGAGUACCACUCCAUCAGUGCCAGGAAGAAGGAAUCGGAGUACCAGCACUCCAUCCCCAGCUGUUGAGGUGCUUGAUGAUAUUACCACACACCUUCCAUCAGCAUCAUCCCAAAUUCCAGCUGUGGAAGAGAGUUGUGAAGCUGUGGAAGCUCGAGAAAUCAUGUGGUUUAAGACCCGUCAAGGGCAGGUGGCAAAGCAGCCUUGCCCCACAGGUACUAUAGGAGUGUCAACUUAUCUAUGCUUGGCUCCUGGAACAUGGGAUCCCCAAGGACCAGAUCUCAGUAACUGUUCUUCUCCCUGGGUUAACCAUAUAACACAGAAGUUGAAAUCUGGAGAGACAGCUGCCAACAUUGCUAGAGAACUGGCUGAACAGACACGAAAUCACUUGAAUGCAGGAGAUAUCACUUACUCAGUUCGUGCCAUGGAUCAGCUGGUAGGCCUCCUAGAUGUACAACUGAGGAACUUGACCCCUGGUGGAAAAGAUAGUGCUGCUCGAAGCUUGAACAAGCUUCAGAAAAGAGAGCGCUCUUGCAGAGCCUAUGUCCAGGCAAUGGUCGAGACAGUUAACAACCUCCUCCAGCCACAAGCCUUGAAUGCAUGGAAAGACCUGACUACAAGUGAUCAACUACGUGCCGCCACCAUGUUGCUUGAUACUGUGGAGGAAAGUGCCUUUGUGCUGGCUGAUAACCUUUUGAAGACUGACAUUGUCAGAGAGAACACAGACAAUAUCCAAUUGGAAGUUGCAAGACUGAGCACAGAAGGGAACUUAGAAGACUUAAAAUUUCCAGAGAACUUGGUGCAUGGAAGCACCAUCCAACUUUCUGCAAAUACUUUAAAACAAAAUGGCCGAAAUGGAGAGAUAAGAGUGGCCUUUGUUCUUUAUAACAACUUGGGGCCAUAUUUAUCUACGGAGAAUGCCAGCAUGAAGUUGGGGACAGAGGCUAUGUCCACCAAUCAUUCUGUUAUUGUCAAUUCCCCUGUUAUUACAGCAGCAAUAAAUAAAGAAUUCAGUAAUAAGGUCUAUUUGGCUGAUCCUGUGGUGUUCACUGUUAAACAUAUCAAGCAGUCUGAAGAAAAUUUCAACCCUAAUUGUUCCUUUUGGAGCUAUUCCAAGCGCACAAUGACGGGUUAUUGGUCAACACAAGGUUGUCGGCUCCUGACAACAAAUAAAACACAUACAACAUGCUCUUGUAACCACUUAACCAAUUUUGCAGUACUGAUGGCACAUGUGGAAGUUAAGCACAGUGAUGCAGUCCACGAUCUUCUUCUGGAUGUGAUCACCUGGGUUGGAAUUUUGCUGUCCCUUGUUUGUCUCCUGAUUUGCAUCUUUACAUUUUGCUUUUUCCGUGGGCUCCAAAGUGAUCGCAAUACCAUCCACAAGAACCUCUGUAUCAGCCUCUUUGUUGCAGAACUGCUCUUUCUGAUUGGAAUCAACCGAACUGACCAACCAAUUGCCUGUGCAGUUUUUGCUGCCCUAUUACAUUUUUUCUUCUUGGCUGCCUUCACCUGGAUGUUCUUGGAGGGGGUACAGCUCUAUAUCAUGCUGGUUGAGGUGUUUGAGAGUGAACAUUCACGCAGAAAGUAUUUUUACCUGGUCGGCUAUGGCAUGCCAGCGCUCAUCGUCGCUGUGUCUGCAGCAGUUGAUUAUAGGAGUUAUGGAACAGAUAAAGUAUGCUGGCUCCGACUUGACACGUACUUCAUUUGGAGUUUUAUAGGACCAGCGACCUUGAUAAUUAUGCUUAAUGUGAUUUUCCUUGGAAUUGCUUUAUAUAAAAUGUUUCAUCAUACUGCCAUUCUGAAACCUGAAUCAGGCUGUCUUGAUAAUAUAAACUAUGAGGAUAACAGACCCUUCAUCAAGUCAUGGGUCAUAGGUGCAAUAGCUCUACUCUGCCUGUUAGGAUUGACCUGGGCCUUUGGACUCAUGUAUAUUAAUGAAAGCACAGUCAUCAUGGCAUAUCUCUUCACUAUUUUCAAUUCUCUACAGGGAAUGUUUAUAUUCAUUUUCCAUUGUGUUCUACAAAAAAAGGUACGAAAAGAGUAUGGAAAAUGCUUGCGAACACAUUGCUGUAGUGGCAAAAGUACAGAGAGUUCCAUUGGCUCAGGGAAAACAUCUGGUUCUCGAACUCCUGGACGCUACUCCACAGGCUCACAGAGCCGAAUUCGUAGGAUGUGGAAUGACACAGUUCGAAAGCAGUCAGAGUCUUCCUUCAUUACUGGAGAUAUAAACAGUUCAGCAUCACUCAACAGAGGGUCCUAUCUUCCCUGCAUUCAGACGUGUGUAUCAUAUUUAGAGGGGCUUCUGAACAAUGCCAGGGAUACAAGUGUCAUGGAUACUCUACCACUGAAUGGUAACCAUGGCAAUAGUUACAGCAUUGCCAGUGGUGAAUACCUGAGCAACUGUGUGCAAAUCAUAGACCGUGGCUAUAAUCAUAAUGAGACCGCCCUAGAGAAAAAGAUUCUGAAGGAACUCACUUCCAACUAUAUCCCUUCUUACCUGAAUAACCACGAGCGUUCCAGUGAACAGAAUAGGAAUCUGAUGAAUAAGCUGGUGAAUAACCUUGGCAGUGGGAGUGAAGAUGAUGCCAUUGUCCUAGAUGAUGCUACCUCCUUUAGCCAUGAGGAGAAUUUGGGCUUGGAACUCAUUCAUGAGGAAUCUGAUGCUCCUUUGCUGCCCCCAAGAGUUUACUCCUCAGAGAACCACCAGCCACAUCACUAUACUAGAAGGCGGAUCCCGCAAGACCACAGCGAGAGCUUUUUCCCUUUGCUAACUAACGAGCACACAGAAGAUCUCCAGUCACCCCACAGGGACUCUCUCUACACCAGCAUGCCAGCACUGGCUGGUGUGUCUGUCACAGAGAGCGUUACCACCAGCACCCAGACCGAACCCCCACCGGCCAAAUGUGGUGAUGCUGAAGAUGUUUACUACAAAAGCAUGCCAAACCUGGGCUCCAGAAACCACGUCCAUCAGCUGCACACUUACUACCAGCUAGGUCGAGGCAGCAGUGAUGGAUUUAUAGUUCCUCCAAACAAAGAUGGGACCUCUCCAGAGGGAAGUUCAAAAGGACCUGCUCAUUUGGUCACUAGUCUAUAGAAGAUGACACUGAGAUUUAAGUCAACAAAACUGCUAACACCCGGUUGACUGUUCUGAGUUGAUAUAAGCAGUGGUAAUAAUGUGUGUACUCCUAAAUCUUUAUGCUGUUCUUGAAAGACAAACACAAACUCUUAGAUUUCUUUUUUUCAAACUGGGAUUUCUAGGUCAGCCCAGGGGAGAAAGAUAACUGCUGAAAUUCUCCCUGUGUCUUGUUCCUUUCUUGUCCUUUUCCCCCUCAGAUGGAGACUUCAUUAUGUUAAUGAACGUGAUAUGAAGAAAAUGGCGCUCAUUGUGGCCUUGUUUGAAUUAUGUUGUUUGUUCUAACAUCUCUGAUGCUAUGUUACUAUAACUUCAUGGACCUGCUUUUUUAAAGGCCAGAACAGUUUGAAACUAGUAACAAUGCCACAUCUAGAUCGGAGUGCUGCACAAACAAACAUAAAAACAAAGCAAAACUCUUAUCACAUAGUGGUUUUUAGUCACUUACAAUAUGAAUUCACCACAGUGGGAAAGCUGUGGAAUACAAAGUAAAACAAAAAAAUUAAUAUUGAAAUGGAGGGGAAUUCUAGAAUUAUAUGCUAAGUGCAUAUAUUUUGAUUUGCUGUUAUUAACUGAUGAUAAAACUAAUGGCAAAAAAUUGAACAAUUUCUAUGUAAUGUACAGAUACUAGCAUUGCACAUAUAGUCUGCUUUCUGUUCCUCCAGAGUUUGAGUCCUGUAACGUAGUGGGAAAAAAGAGAAAUUUUCUUUUCUUUUGUGCUGGUCUUGCAAGUUUGUCUACCAGUAAGAGAGCAAAAUUUCUUUCCUUUUCUUAAUUUCUUUUUUUUUUUUAAACUUUUUUUUCUUGAAAAUUUUCACCUGGCAAAAAUUAAGUAAAUAAAGGAAACUAUCACUUUAUAAAAAUCAUUUUCUAGUAAUACAAACAAAUUAUUUUUUACAAAAAAAAAUAAAAAAUAAAAUUAGACUUCCUUCCCUCAUGAUAUAUCCUUAUCCAGUCAGAAUAUCUCAAAGAGCAUUUUUGCAAAAUAGAGCAGGACAAAUUUUUGUGUUUACAGUGCACAUCUGUUGUAAUGCACCACAUAUUUGGCAAGCAGUUCAUCACCAGGACAGUAGCUUUGAUUCUAGAAGUCAAAAGGUGUCAGUAGAACUAGUGGGGCUUCUGCAUGUGAAAAAAUGGUAUCCCAUAGGUGGUAUGGUGCUGAAUGCUCAGUCUGAUCACCAAGUGGGCACCUGCACUAUCAAUUUUAAAAGGAAAUUCACACCUUCAUAGUAAGAACUGAAAGGUCACAUUAUUUUAAAGUGAUUUAAAAACUCUUCUGUUUAUUAACAGGGACAUUUAUUUAUUCGACAGGAUUUUAAGUAAUAUAGGAAUACAAGAGGUAAAUUAGCAGCACAUAUAAUUUUUUUUUUAAUUUAUGAUCCAUUUUGUAUGGUCUUCAAGUCAGAUGACCUCAUUACUAAUAUUUGUUGUAAAAGUGAAACUUGUUUGCCAACCAAUAAACAACUGAUUGAGAUUUAGAAGAUAUUGUAUUGAUGUAUGUACUAUAUGAUUUAACUCCUUUCAUUUUUCUCUCGCCUUUCCUUCUAGUUUCAAUAUAUAAACUUUCCUAAUCCUAUACGUUUCAAAUAAGCCUUGCAAAAUAAAUCAGUCUCCCUAGAUUACUAACCUAAGCACAAAUUUUACAGUUUUUGCAGAUGCAGUGAACCAAAAAAUGGGAUGAGCAUGUUUAUGUUGACUGAAAUAUGAUGGAUAACAUGGUCCAGCAGGUUAAUAUACAGGUUAUUAAGUGUUUAUCUACAAACCAGCUGCAGUUUUUAUGCUUACUGUCAAAGCCAGCUUCAGUCUGAGAUAUAAGUAUUGAACUUUCAGAGGAGUAAGCAUCACAUUUUACCUCCUUUGAAAGCUUUACUUUGAUCUUAGAAAUUUAAAUUACUUGGUUGGCUAAAAGUUUCAAGAGCCGUGGCACUGAGGAUAUCUAUUGUAUAAAGAUAGUUUAAAACAUUGUAUGCUAUUUUGCUUUCAUAUUCUACUUAAAGAAGAUGACACGGGGGAUGUACUUUUAAAGAAUCCUUCUAGUUAUAAAAUUACUAAAGAAUGUUAUUUGCCAGCAGUGUCUAAACCUAGAGCCCUGCUAAGGCAAAGGUAGAAUGAAUUUGCCAAAUGAUUUUUCUUUUUGUACUAUGGAAUAUCAUAAGGACUUUCUCCCCCGACCCCAACAUUUAAACACCACUCACCUGUAACUUAAUUUCUCAAAUUAAGAUGACUAAUAGUUUAGAGGAUAGCCACUGAUUGGUACUUUUUUAAAAUAUGUGACAAAAGAAAAAAUUCUGUGCUGGGCCAGAGUACAUCAUAACCAACUGCCACCUUAAAAUAUCUUGCACAUCAUUUCUUAUAAGUCAUUUGGCAUGAGUAUUUUUUAUGUAUACAGAUUUCCUUAAAGUUGGAAGACAACUACAGCUUUAAUGGCAAUUAGAUUUUCUCAUACUGUCCUGUGGCUAUAUGGAGGCUAGUCUAUCAGAUAUAUAAAAUGCAUUUAGUAAUGAAAGAACCCUCUCAGCCGCACCAAAGCCAAGUCCUUUAUUACUGUUUUUUAAAUUACAACAUUUAAGGUAACUUCAGAAAAUACAAAUGGGGUCUGUUGAUUAUGAGCAUAUAUGUACAUUCUUGCCAAUCCAGCAGUAAUCCAUAGAAAAGCAAUUCUGUCAAUAAGAAACUAGUUUCACAAAACAGUGGGAAAACUACCUCAGUUAAAUAAACUUGCUAAUUCUGUUUUCUGACAUUUCUACCUCCCUGAACAUUAUCUUUUGUGUUUCAUUAUGUGGAAUUUUGAAUCAGGCAGCCUCCCCAGCAUUACAAAGACCAAGUUGAAAAACAUCACUUGAAUAUAAAAACUUGUGCAGACCCACCAUUCCGUACUGUCUAGAAAGGGGUGAGACUAUGGAACUCUCCUACAUAAUAAUUGAUGUGCUUACAAAGAAACUUAAGGUCCCAGAGACUUUCACAGGAAGAGCUGAUUCUCCCAAAUCUUAUGCAACUUUAGUGCAAACAAAGCAAUAGUUGAAUGAAUUAAUUAUGCACACGUCUCAAUAAUAAUAAAUUUAUGUAUAUCUAAAUAGAUCCCUGUUAGCAAAGAUCGGGUUCCCUAAUGUUAAUCUGUUUUUGUUCAUGUGUAGCUAUUGAAAAAUUAACAAAUUCAAAUUUUUUGUUUUUUUAUAUCAACUUUAAUUGACACUAUAUUUUUAAUGCCCUAUAAUAUUCAUGACCUGCUUACCUGCAUAUUUCUGAUGUGCUUAUUUGAUUUUCCAUUAAGUAAACUCUACACAUUAUUUGUCUGACUAUAAGUUAUGCUAAUGAAACAAUCCAAUUAUUAUGUUUCACUAAAAUUAUUUUGAUAACAUUUUACAUUUUUUUUUCCCUUUUGAAGUCAAAUUCACAUGCUACUUUGUAAGACCACUAGUGAAUAUAUCAUACUUUUAGUUAGUUUAGAAAUUUUUGAAUUAUUGCAUAGCACAUGUUUCUAUUAAUAAUUUUAUAGAGAGAUCUUAAUCUCUCUAUAUGAACUAUCUUUUUAUAGGGGAAAUAAUCUCUCCUCAUGAGAAAUAGGUUGUAAUUCCAGUUAAAUAUUUUGAACAUCUUUUUGGUCUAUUAAAAUUAAAAAUAUACUUGAAUAAUGAAUUACUAUACUACAGUAAUCAGAUGACAAAAAGGAACUGGCAUAAGAACAACUAUCUUGAUGUAGAAAUAAAUAGGAAAAUAAGGGAAUUGGAGUGAUGUAUAUAAAUCUAACUUUCUAAAAAAUAAUUCACAAUGGCUUUAAAUUAAAAUGUAGUUUAUGAUCUGUAUUUUCAAACCCUUACUAAUCAAAAUAUGUUGUCUUAUUGGUGAUGUAUCAGAUUUAGUAAUUUUUUUAUAUUAAUUGCAAUUAAGAAAAGGUUUCAUGAUGAUGGAGAUAAGCAUAUGAAUGAGUAAAUUUUAUAUGACAUUCUAUUUUAGGCAAUUGUUUUAGCAGUUUUCCCCACAUAUAUUCAAAUUCAUUAACUGGUUCGUUUACUUUAAACAAUGACAUUAAAAACUUUGGAAACAGAAUUGUUGCACUAUCAUAGAGACUAAAGGAUCAAGAAAAUGGGUUCUAGGUUGGCUGACAAUCAAUUCCAAACUAAUUAAUAACUAUCACCUACUACUGAAAGAAUUAGCUUUCAGAAACACCUGUCAGUUCUGUGCCAUAGUGAUACCACUUGACAGGUUUUGGGGAAGAAAAAAGUACACAACUACUAUGUAAAUUCAUAUUUAAAGAGCAAGUGAAAAAGAAUCCUAACUUUAGUUUGAGCACUUCUAAAAAUAUUAAGAAAAAUGUCCUUUCUUCUCUAACAAAAAUAUUUGAGAUUAAGCAGUGUUAUAAAUGAUCUCCUCAACAUAUUUUAGUACCAAAUAAAUUAGCUUAUGUCUAGUAUUUCAUGCUUAUAAUCUAUCACAUAAGUAAUUACUACACAUCCCUAAGUAAUACUAGAACUAUAUCUUCUGUUUGAUAGCACAUCAAUGAAUUAGGAGUCUAGGAGAACUAGAGAAAAGCAGUAACGUUACAAAUGAGUUUAUAAAAGCAUUUUCGUGCAAAUAAAUUCUACAUGACAAGUUUUUUUAAGUUCAUAAAAUAGACUCAGUGUAUCCCAACUAUAAUUUUAAUUUUGUAAUCAGGAAAUAUGUCUCUUUUUAAACCAUCUGAAAAACACUUCUAAAGCCCAAUAUUCAUUUGCACUCUAAUGGAUAUUAUAUUGCUUCUUUCCUGCUUAGGCCAUGAGAAGUAUCUUUCCUAUUUUGUAAUUAACCUGAUUACACUUCCUCUUUGCUUUAAAAGGGAAAUCAAUCUUAAACUUUCACCUGUAAGCAUACUUACAUACUGAUAUUUUUUAACAGCCUGAAGACAUAGCUUGUUUACAAUAUUGAAAAACUUAUGUUUUGUAAUAAAAUAGGUAGUUGUUAUGGCUUUACAUAAUUUCAUUUGAUGUAAAUAUAUUCUUUCCAUUUUGAAAAAAUUAAAAGCCAUCACUUCUCUAACCAGUAGAACCUUUAAAUUAUUCAAAUAUCUUAACAUUAACUACAUUGUUGUUGUUCCUCUGAAUAAUAAUGCCAUACAAACAAUUUAUGUCCCAUUGCAAUAUUUCAAAGGUAAACAAACUAUGACUUAAAAAUGCUUGUGAAAGGAGAAAUUUGACUUAUAUGAAGAAUUCAAGAAAGAUUAUACAAAAGAAAACAUCAGUUGGACUGUAUCUUUUCAACCACAAUAUGAACAACAAAGCAUACAAACAAAAAAACAGAACCAAGCUAACAAAGUUAUAGUGAAGUAGUAGAAUCUAUGGUAUAAUUACAUAAAAAAAAUCAUGUAAAAAUAAUGAAGUCAUUUAAAUGAUAAAAUUAUACAUACUAUAAAAAAUACUAAUGAUGAGUGAAAAAAAUUGGAGCUCAUCACAUUAUAAUUUUAUCCUGAUGACUCCAUAAGAAAUACUAAAUGAUUUUUAUACUUUCUAAGUACUUCUUAUCUAACUGCAUCUCAUCUCAAGGAAAUAGGAAUAUUUUGUGUAUGUUUCUUAUAAGUGUUCUUGCCUCAAUUCAUUUUCACACUCUGCUAUGCUUACUCUACUGUAUGCCAACACAGUUGAUGCUACCCAUAGCUUUGUACCACUUAGAGAUUUACUAUUAAUUUUUUCUAAUAAGCAUAAAAUACUGAUAAAUUGAAAAAAUGUACAUUAUGAAAAAUAAUCUAUAACCAAGCAAUAUCUAUAUUACAUGAUAAUUCAUUAUGUAUGAUAAUUACAUUGAGACUAAACAAAUAAUUAUACUGCUGAAAAAUAAUACUCUCAAGUUCUAUCCUGAAUUGCUGUAGUCAAUUUAUAAAAUACAGUUCUAUACAACAUGUGCUAUCAAAGUACUCCAUAAUCCAAAUGUAUCUAAAAGUAUUCCCAAUACUUCUUUCAUUCUAGAAUGCAAGAGGGAGGACCGUUAAAGAAAUGGAAAGUAAAGCAACUUCUAAGGACCUAUUUUAGUUCCUUAGAGAAAUAGUAUUGUCAUUCAGACUGCAUAAAUUUAAAAUGAUACUAUUCCAAAUUUGUGACCUAAGGGAAAAACUAUUAAAGAUAUACAGUUAGUCCAGUAUUAGGUAAUUUUAAAAUUUAAAAGACUUAAAUUUGUCUGAUUGACUUAAGGCUGUAGAAUAUCACAAUACAUAGACAAGCAAUUACACUUAAAAUUCAUAUCACCAAUAAUGUUUAAAAAUUCUUCUGAAGUUGAAACUGGAAAAAAUAUUAUGACUUCAAAAUGAAAUGUAUUGUUUGGCCUCAAAAGAUGUUUGACAAAUUAAUGAAUGUCAAUUCAUAGUAGCAAAGGAGUCUUUGGAAAUAGGACUCAGGAUACAAUGUUUAGGAUACAGAGUAGUCUUAAGCAUGACUACUGCUUAGUCCUGUAGAAAGAAGAUUUUUGGAAGGCAUCUAUGCUCACCACUGUAUCACCAACGCUGAAUGCCUUGCAUUUCAAGUUACCACAAUAACUUAUGUUUUUAAUAACAGUAUGAAUCCAGAAAAAUGAAAAAAACAUUUAAAAAUAAAUUCAAUGCCUCAUCUGAGAGUAAAGUAAUAUAAGAUGAUUUAUAUUGAAGCAAAUUUGGAUAAUCAAAAUGUGUUCAUUUAUAAACAGGUCUCCGUAUGUGCUAGCACUGAUCUUUGCUGAUGAACUGUAAAAUCAAAAAUUGUAGAGCCAGCUUGAUUUUCCUUCUUUUGGUUCCUGGGAAUGCACUGAAAAAUAGAAAGAUAAUUUGGAAAAGUUUUUCUAUGCUGUUUUUUUUUCCCACUUGCCAACAUUACAUCUAAUUCAAAAUAUAUAUUUUGAAAAUGAAUGAUGGUUUAGUCUCAAAGCUAACAAACAAUUGAGCUAUUUCACACUGAUCAAAAAGGUCACUUUUAAGGAACAAGAAUAUAUCACUUUUAAGCUUUGGUCUCUUACCAUUUUCAUAUUUACACAUGACUUUAUUCUUAGCAUUUACAUCUAUCAGAUCAUCUACAGAAUUUUUUUCUGUUGUACAACUUUUUUUCCCUUAAAUGCUCUGUACAAUCACAUGUAAAAUCAUGAGCUACAAAUCUCAAUAAAAAUAUCAGUGAACAAUAACUUA